AUGUUACCGUAUAGUUUCUAUGUAUCAGACGAAGAGCUUCUAGUCUCGGUUGGAUCUUACAUGGAGACAAAUAGAGUAUCUGUGGAGAAGGUUUUGAAGAUAGUUUAUCAAGAACAAGCUGUUUUCCGAAUUCGUCCCGUUAACCGUUGCUCGCAAACAAUUGCUGGUAUUGGUUCAGGAGAUAACACUGUUAGGCUUUGGGAUUUGAACACUGAAACUCCAAUGUUUACAUGCAGAGGGCACAAGAAUCAUGUUCUCUCAAUUGCAUGGUCACCAGAUGCUAAGUGUCUUGUGAGUGGUGAUAAAGAUGGUAAAGUAUGUUGUUGGGAUCCAAUCAAAGGAGAAUUACAAGGCAAACCACUUUCAGGGCACAGGAAAGCGAUUACUGGUAUCGCGUGGGAACCAGCUCAUCUCAGUUGUCCAAGCCGGAGAUUUGUUACUUGUAGCCUAGAUGGAAGUGCAAAAAUUUGGGACUUUAAAUUAAGAAAAUCUCUAAUUUCUCUUAGUGGACACACAAAAGCUGUGACUUCUGUCAAAUGGGUGGAGAUGGAACUAUAUACACAGGGUACAUUUCUAAUAAUUUCCGAGGAUCGUACGAUAAUCAUGUGGGAGACUAAAGGGAAAUUUAAACAUGUAUUGAAGGAGCAUGGCCAUUGGGUGAAUUCUCUUUCAUUGAGUACAGAUUACGUUCUUCGGACAGGAGCUUUCGAUCAUACUAGAAAAGAAAUAUCUUCAGAUGAAGAAAUGAAAAAGAUUGCGCUCGAAAGAUACAACAAAGCAAAAGGAACAAAAGAUUCACCUGAAAGAUUAGUGUCAGGUUCUGAUGAUCGUACAAUGAACCUUUGGGAACCAUCUGUUAGCUUAAAACGUAAAAAUCGCUCGACGGGUCAUCAACAGCUUGUGAACCAUGUGUCUUUCUCACCAAAUGGACAAUGGAUUGCAAGUGGAUCGUUCGAUGGAUCUGUGAGGCUAUGGAAUGGUUUCACAGGGGACUACGUUACAAAAUUUAGAGGCCAUGUUGGACGUGUCCAUCAGAUCACUUGGUCUGCUGAUAGUAGAAUGCUUUUGAGUGGCAGUAAAGAUUCUACUCUCAAGAUAUGGGAUAUAAGAACAAAAAGGUUAAAACAAAAUCUUUCUGGUCAUUCCGAUCCGGUUUAUGCUGUGGAUUGGAGUCCAGAUGGUGAGAAAGUAGCCUCUGGUGGUAAAGAUAAAGUUCUGAAGCUAUGGAAAGGUUAA